AUGUCAGAUUCAACUACUUCAACUUCUAAUGGCAAUACGAAAUCCCCAAUUCCGCUCUCAAGUCCAUCUGAUGUGACUGCAACCCCAACUAUUUCGUCUUUCAAAAACAAAGGAAAAAUGCCUGUACAGAGUUCACCAGGUCCCAUGGAGCAAGAUGUCCGGUCAACCACUUCAAGCACUCAAGUAGAAGCAGCCGAGACUGUGGACAGUUUUGAACUUGAAGAUGAUGACGAGGAAGGCGAACACGAAUACAACUCGGAUCUGCAAGAUAGCAAUAGUUCGGCUUUAUCUAGUGACGGCUCAGGAUCCAGUCAAGAUGGUAGCAAUAGUGAUGAUGAAGAGGCUGAAUUAGCGGCUCUUUUGAAUGAAGCAGAGGAAAAUGGAGAUGGCAGCGAGAUGGUGGUUGGAUUACGUUCAGGGAAUAGUAGAUUCAAUUCAAGUGCUAGAACACAUUUUCGAGACGAUACUCAAGCAAGUCAGAAUGCAUCAAAUGAAGGUUGUGCAAGUGGAUCUGCACCUGCCUCCAAAAAACAACGAUCUUAG